AUGUUCACGUUCGCUCGGCAGACGCAGACGCAGACGCUGAAGGUGACCCGGGCCGCAGAAGUUUUCCACACAACUCUGCAGGUGCUAAAGAGCCGUGUGAGACGCAGAUACAGCAGGGAGGCAGCAGAGCUGCUGCUGUGGGAGGAUGUCGCCCUGAUGUGGGAUCUGUCCCAGUGUCCUCCUGCUCCACUGCCCUCUGAGUGUCAGGACCCUCCCCACGAGUACAGAAGCAUCGACGGACGCUGCAACAACAGACUAAACCCUCUCUGGGGAGCGGCCAACACGGCGCUGGUCAGAUGGCUUCCAGCUGAGUAUGAGGACGGGGAGAGAGAACCCAAAGGCUGGAACUCGGAUCGCCUCCAUAACGGAUUUCUACUUCCCUCGGUGUGGGAAGUGAGUAAGACAGUCCUGCGGAGCUCUAUCAAACCCAGAGAGAAGGAGUAUUCCCAGCUGCUGGUGGAGUGGGGCCAGUACAUAGACCACGACAUCACUUUCACUCCUCAAACCAACAAGAUGAGCUGCCUCAGCACCUGCGACAAUGUGCAUCCGUGUUUCCCAAUCAAGACAGGAGACGGGUGCAUGGCCUUCCACCGCUCGUCCCCGGCCUGCUGUCUGCACCCUGACCUGGGCCACACUCUGCAGCUGCAGCAGAUGAACUCCAUCACCUCUUUUCUGGACGCCUCUGUGGUGUACGGCCAUGACGCUGACCUGCAGGCCUCUCUGCGGGGAUCAGAUGGGAAACUGUCUGUCCACCAUGAGUUCAGGGACCCCAGAGGGCGCCCGUACCUGCCCCCAGUCCCCUCUCUGCCCUCUGGAUGCCUACAGGACGUCCGGCACACCGAAGGGCCCAGGGUGGAGUGCUUUCUCGCGGGGGACAGUCGGGUGAACGAAGGCCUGCCCCUCACUUCCCUUCACACUCUGUGGCUCCGAGAACACAACCGCAUCGCACAGGAGCUGAGGACCCUCAACGCUCACUGGAGCUCGGACACGCUGUUUCAGGAGACACGCAAGAUCAUCGGAGCAAUGCACCAGGCCCCGGGAAACAUUUCAAACUAUCUAAGACUUCACACAUCGCUUGACUUCCUCUUCUCAUCAACCCUGAUCUGUGAAAAAAAAAAAAACCAUAAUGCAACACUCACCGUGAUUAUCACCAUGAGGGACUACAUUCCUAAGAUUAUCGGCCCUGUGUCGUACGAACGUCACAUUGGCCCAUACAGAGGGUACGACCCGGACGUGGACCCCUCGGCUUCCAACGUGUUUGCCACAGCUGCCUUUCGCUUCGGUCACGCCGCCAUCUCUCCGACGCUGAGGAGACUCAACCAGAGCUUCCAGGAAGACGAGCGCUGGCCCCAUUUAAGACUGCACCACACAUUCUUCAGCCCCUGGAGGAUAGUCAAAGAAGGGGGAAUUGAACCCGUGCUGAGAGGUCUGAUUGGGACAGCAGCACCGGCUGUUCACGCAGACAUGCUGGUGACCGAGGAGCUCACGGAGAGACUGGUCGUUCUCAAUAUUCCACAGAAAAUGGACCUGGCAGCACUGAAUCUGCAGAGAGGACGGGAACACGGGUUGCCAGGAUACAACAAGUGGAGACAGUUCUGUGGUCUGGCUCCUGUGAGGACAUUAGAAGACUUCUCUGAGGUGGUGGGAGAUGCCAUUGUUGCCAAGAAGAUUCUGGACUUGUACAAACAUCCAAACAACAUCGAUGUGUGGCUUGGAGGACUUGUCGAAAGGUUUCUACCAGGUUCAAGGACCGGCCCGCUCUUUUCGUGUUUGAUCGCAAAGCAGAUGAGAGUGCUUCGUGACGGCGAUAGGUUCUGGUGGGAAGCUGUCGGGCAAUUUGCUCAGCGGCAGAAAAGCGAGCUGUUGAAAACGUCCUUGUCUCGACUCAUUUGCGACAACAGUGAUAUCGCAGAACAUGGAGGGCUGCAGGACUCCGACAGUCCUAAGGCUAAAUCCUGUCUGGCUAGUUUGUCUCGUGACUGUGGUCUCUGCUUCUGCAAACACCACAAGAGGACCAGGACCUCAUACAGAACCUGGAGAAAAACAUACUCUGCAAGAAACCUGCCAGAAACCAAAUCCACAAAAUGA